AUGGUAGCCAUUUGCCACAAGGCCCAAGCUGCCAUGAAAUGGAUAGCCCGGAAAUUGCCACUGACAGAAGGAUCAGAAGAUACUAGCUUAGGAGUGGAGACAGUAGUGCCCAUCCAGGCUGCUCAACUGUCUGCUGGGGUUGAACCAGUAUGUAAAAGUUAUCAGUUCCUGGGGCCUGAAGGAAAUGUGGAUAUUGAGUUGAUUGAUAAGUCUGCAAACAGAUACAGCGCCCACUUUCCUGUGGCUGGCUUCUAUCUGUGGCCAGCGGUAGGCCUUGGCUUCUUGGUGACAGCAGCAGUGACUGUGAAGAUUGCUUUUGAUUCUUGGAAUCAACGCCUGGGCCUGGUGUUACAGCACCAGGAGCAGUGGAUGGCGGCAGGGCCUUUGUUUGAGAUCUCUGUGGAGCCUGAGGGGGUCAUUGCUGAAAUCCACCUCCCCCACAUCAUCUCCCUCCCAGCAAAUGAGGUCGAUGUCUCUUGGUUCCAAGUCGCCCAUUUUAAGGAUGAAGGAAUGGUCCUAGAACCGCCAAGCCGAGUGGAGCCUUUCUAUGCCGUGUUGGAAAACCCCAGCUUCUCUCUGAUGGGGAUCCUGCUGAGAUUCGCCAGUGGGACAGGUGUUUCUGUCCCCAUCACGUCCUUGACAUUGAUCUAUUAUCACUUCCACCCUGAAGAUAUUAAAUUUCACUUGUACCUCAUCCCCAGUGACCCCUUGUUAACGAAGGCAAUAGAUGAUGAAGAAGCUAAGUUUCAUGGUGUGCGUCUGCAGACCUCACCCCCAGUGGACCCCCUGAAUUUUGGUUCCCGUUAUAUCGUGUCCAGUAAUGCUCAUCUGGAGAUAAUACCUGAGGAGUUGAAAUUAUCCUACAGGAGUCCUGGAGAAAUCCAGAUAUUCUCCAAAGUCUAUGCUGGGAGGAUGAAGGAACCAAUCAUACUUGAAAUUACUGAAAAAAGACACAAGACUUUGGUCUGGCGCACUUUGGUGAGGCCAGUGGAUCUCCAGUUUCAUUCUGCAGCAGCCCCUCCUCCUCUCUCAGGUAAGGCCUUUCUGAAGGAGCACCGCCGGCAGCUGCAAGCCAGGCUGGGAGACCUGAAUGGAGUACUGGAUGACCUUCAGGACAGUGAGGUCUUCACCGAGGAAGAGAAGGAGCUGGUGCAGCAGUGCCCUACACAGCAGCGGAGGAAUGAGACCCUGCUGAGGAUGGUGGAGAAGAAAGGGCACCAGGCCCUGGGGAUCCUCUUCCAAAGCCUUCAUAGAAGAGAUCCUUACCUGAUGUCCUACCUCAGCCAGCAGAGUUUACAACAGUGACUCAGGUAGAUACUCACAAAGAGAGAAUCCAGUGUUCUCCACUGAAAAUGAACAAACAGGGGUGCUUGGGUAGUUCAGUGUAUUAAGCAUCUGACUCUUGAUUUCAGGUCAGGUGUUGAUCUCAGGGUCAUGAUGUUGAGCCCUGCACUGGGCUCAGUGCACAGCUUGGAGUCUGCUUGAGAUCCUCUCCCUCUGCCCCUCCUCCCAUUCACACACACACUCUCUCUCUCAAAUGAUUGAAUAAAUCUUUUUUAAAAAGGAAAGAAAAUGGAUAGACAAACAUGUGAUCAUUUAGCUCAGUGUCCAAGACAAAAGGGGUCAAAGUUACACCUAUCCAUCACACAGAUUUUAUUGAGGACUGAUCUGUAACUUGGCAAUAUCUAUUACUGUAUCCUAAUAUAAUUUAAGAUUUUUUAUGUUAUUUAAAUCCCUUCAAUUAACCUAUAAUAUAUUUUUGGUUUCAGAGGUUGAGUUCAGGAUUAAUCAG